AUGCGAAGACACAAUGAAAUUGUCAGAUGCAUACAUCUACACGUCUGUCGUCAGUACGGAAUAAAGAAAUGCAAGAAAUUGAAAGCACACUCAGUCCAGUCGGUCGUGGAAAAUAGUCGUGUUGAAAUACGAGUAGACAUGACGUUGCAGACCGACAUUGAAGUUAAAAACAACAAGCCAGACAUUUUCGUGCUUGAUAAAAUGAAAAAUGAGAUAACGAUAAUCGAAGUCGGGGUCACAUCCCAGGACAGGUUAAAGCAAGUCGAAGUAGAGAAACUCCACAAGUAUGAUCUACUUGCUGGAGAAUUGGCACAGAUUCACAAGGCAAAAGUCACGAUAGUCCCUGUCGUAUUGACAUGGGAUGGGGUAGUGACCAAGUUCUAUAAGUCCUACAUGAAAAAGUUGAAUAUAGAGGUCCCGACUAAGGCGUACAUUCAAUCAGUGACAAUCAAGAAAACCCUGGAGAGCAUGGUCGUUGAAUACAAACAUGGCAUGAAGGUCGACAACUACCAAAUUGAGAAGGAAACGGAUAGUCUUAUCGCUAGAGGAGAAGAACUGGGAGUGCCAGUUGACUUGCCAGAGGAGUCUGCUUUCUUACUGCAAUACGAAGAGGAGAGGUGUCAAGACAUGACCGGUCAACGGAGUAGUUCCCCUAAGAGAAGAGAGAAUAUCAAUUAA